GCCGCGUCCGCGCUGUGGCCGCCGCCGCCUCCAUUAAACCCUGUCUGACUUCUCUUUUUCUGACUUCAGCGACAGCCCUGCGGCGGGCGCCUUAGCCCAGGGCCGUCCGUCCGUCCGUCCGCCCGCGCGGCCGCUUUGCGCCUGGGGAAGCAGCGCGCCCCUGCUUUCGAAUGCUCUUGAGGUGGGGCUCUCAGGUGUGGAGGGAUGGCCCGACCUGCAGCCCGCUCCCGCCAGGUGACGGUGUGGCCGGCCGGCUGGUCCGCGAGCUUCGCCGCGAGCCCCCUUCCUCCCCGAAUGCGGCUGAAGGAUGAGAUGGCUCGCAUACACGAAGAAGGACUGUUUUCCCCCUUGCGUUCGCAUGUUUUUGGGGGGCAUGAGCCAGAGACUGCUGCUGCUUUGAAACGUACGAUAGAGGCCCUGAUGGACAGAGGGGCGAUCGUGAGGAACUUGGAAAACCUGGGCGAACGAGCGCUUCCUUAUAAGAUGUCCACCCACAAUCAGCAGCACACGAGAGGAGGGUAUUUCUUGGUGGAUUUUUAUGCACCAACAACAACUGUUGAGAGCAUAAUGGACCACUUGUCUCGAGACACUGAUGUGAUCAGACCGAAUGUGGUGAGGCACCCGCUGACCCAGGAGGUAAACAAGUGCGACGGGAUGGUCCCGGUCCAACGGGAAGAGAAAUUGUAUUUCAUGAAGAAGAGGAAGUGAGAAGACCCACCUGAUUUUAGCUUUAUUUUCGGUUCUCUCGCUUUUGAGCACCAGGCAUUAAUAGGUUACAACUGCAGUCUUUAUGUAGUUGUGUGUUACAGAUGUCAUUUGAUUUUCUAAGGUAUUUUUGGCUCUUGAUCCUCUUUGCAUGAGAAGUGGGUAAACAGCUCACUUGCAGUCACUCUGUAUAUCGGUCUUAAUUUUUUUUUCAUUGAUUUGUCUGCCUCAUAACACCACCACCGUUUUGUGGAGCAAAACUUGUAACAUGCCAUGGAUUGGAGGCUAGCCGUCCAGACUGUGUAUCCAUGUAAAAAUAAAAAUUUAAAGCCACUGUAUUAUAUGAUUGACUUUUGAUCGGGGUAAUAAACCUGAGUUUUAAAAGCUUCA